CUUAUCGUGCCUUUCGUGCUACGUCACUUCCUUUCCCUGUCUCCUCUUCCUUUCCGCGUCGGCCAUCUGUGAUAAUCGACGGAGCUGGUUGGCGGUCAUCGAGUAAAGUCAGCAUGCAGAACGACGCUGGUGAGUUCGUGGACCUGUACGUCCCCCGCAAAUGCUCUGCUAGCAACAGAAUUAUUGGUGCCAAGGACCAUGCCUCCAUCCAGAUCAACAUUGCUGAGGUGGACAAGGCUACAGGCAGGUUCAAUGGACAGUUCAAGACCUACGCCAUCUGUGGUGCUAUCCGUAGAAUGGGUGAAGCUGAUGACUCCCUCCUGAGGCUCGCAAAGAACGACAGCAUUGUAGCAAAGAACAUCUAAAGGAAGUUUCUUUGUAAAAUAAAAAAGAAAAUUGGACACCUGUGUUUGGGUUUUUAA